AUGAUGUCCACAACAGAAGGAGAACUCGACUUAGAAAGACCAAAUGAACGCGAAGAUGGAGAGUUAGAAGAUUCAGACGUAGAAGAGGGUACGUACAUACCUUUGGAGAGGCCAGAAGCAUUUAAUCCGCCGUCAUUAGUUCAUAUGCAAAUACAAGACGAACAGAGUGAUGAGACUACGCCCCAAGAAUCGUCAGCGUCCGAAUCAGAUGAAGAACCUCGCAGGCGUGCUAAACGGACUAAACUGAGGCCUAAAAGACCCACUCACUCUCAGCCAGUUAAGAAGGAAAAAUAUAAUAUUUGGUGCAAAGCCUUACAGGAGGACUUGUUAACGGAGGAUAUGGUUAGCUGUGAUGUAACAAGCAAAAGUAGAUACGGCGUUGAAUCUUAUGAUUAUACCAUUAAGUAUAGACUAGAUGAUAACUAUAUAUCUAAGAAGGUUUUUACCAGAACUGAUGAUUAUAAGGAUAGUGAAUGUAUAUCAAAUAAAAGAAGGCAUGCUGAUAGAUCUAAUAAAAAAUUGAAAAUGAAUAAGAGAGUAAAUAGUCAUCAUCGUUGUGUGAAGCAGGAACCAAGAAUAUUAUCAGACCUGACAGUGACUGCUGAUGACUUAACAGAGAACAUAGCUGUAGAAAUAGCAGAAAACCUUUCAGAGGAGAAAAAGGAUCUAAUAGGUCAAAUUGUACAGGCACUAGGUGCGCAAAAGGCUAUAGACAUAUACAAAGAAACACAAGGAAUUGAAGCUGAUGGAGGCAUGCUUGUUAUGAAUGGUACCCGACGUCGGACACCAGGCGGUAUAUAUUUCUACCUUCUAAAGCGAGAUGAAGAUGUGUCACAGGAAACGAUCAGUCAGAUAUUCAAUGAGGAUAAGAAAGAGACAAUACGUAAGGUGAAGAGAGCACGUGCCAAAAGUCGUCAGAAGGUCAUGGAACAGCUAAAACAAAGUCUCACAGAUUCGGAGCUUCCCUCGUUACUAUCACGCGGCGAGGCGACGGUGCAGUCGGAGCACGGCUCGAACCCGCCGCCGUCGCCGGCGACGGACGCGCGCGAGUGCUCGAGCGAUACGGACGCGCAGUCGCCGGGCGAAGCGGCCGCAUCGCCUGCGCUGCCCGACCGGACCGACGCGACCGACCCGCGUCGCCUGCAGGACUACGACGACGACGACUUCCUCGAGGUCAUGUGCAACGAUGACAUGGACAUGUUUUAA